UCUAAGAUUUUUAACGAGUUUCAAAGUGAAUUGUUACUAAGAUGCAGUGUUACUCUAAUAGCUUUGAACCCUUAGGUGAUUAAAUGAGUGUAAUUCUGACUACGAAUCGUUCCGAUCCGAAUAAGAUGCUAGCAACAACCUAGUAGUUUCGCACGAAAAUCAAAGCGUGGACUCUUCUCGACGAAAAGUAGCGAAUAAACCAGACUCAAGAGGCGGAAAUGGAAGGACGACAGCCUUCUCAAGAUGCUAGAGCAUCUCCGGUACAGCUACUUCUCAAAACGGAGGACCCCUUUGACCUGAAUUUGACAGACAGCCGCCCGUCCGUGGGAGACUGGGGUCUGGACGCUGCAGGAGUCUUCUUCCUACCUGUCACCUGGGACAGGAGUUACACGCACCUGUGCAGCAUCUUCACAGCUUUCAAGGAGGCGACUGGUGAUAGGAAGAACCCAAAAGCCAGGCUGGAAUUCCCCAGCUCCCUGUCCAUAGAAGACCGAGGUGAUGUGCAAGGCACUGCAAGGAAUUUUGGACUGGGAGCAAACAGCAGUGGAAUUGGGAAGGAGCGUUUCCUGACCAUCUACACUUCCUCGAACCAAGCCAAGAAAGCUAAGGACGCUCUGAACAAAGCCCAGAAAGGGAAGCGCCUCACCCCCCAGCAGGAGAAGGAGGCCAUGGACAUGUGGAGAUGCUGGCAGGCUGUCGGUGGGGAGGGCAGGAAGUUCAGUCAGAAGGAGGUACUUGAGAUGGUGUGUACAGGCCAGGUGGACCCGGAGCUGAGAGAUGUGUACCCGAGGUGGCUGCGAGCAGGGAAACCUGACAGGAAUGUGCCUACAGCCAGACAGGGACCACGGACAUCUCAGGAACUCUUUGAUAACAUACAGUGGCUGAAACCUGAGUCAGGACAGGUGGGACAGGUGUUUUACAAUAAGGUACACCUGUCGGAGUCAGGAGCACCACCAGGUGUGAAAGACAGCUAUUGGACCCCAGAAGCCAGGGGUUCCACCCGGGUGCUGUCCCAUGCGGAGGCAAUGCCGACCCACGGCUUAACCCACGCUCUAGUCUGCACCAGUCAAGUGUUGGACUCCUACAUUCUCAACUUCUUCCCACCUUCUGUGGCACUCUCUGUCGUCUGCCCUGCUGACAGCAGUUCUCCUCCCUUGGCACACAGAACAAUGCUACAGUGUCCCCACCACCCAGCAGACAGUACCGUGAUGGACUCCCCUUGUGACUGUGCUGAUAAGCGUCAGGUGGACGUCAUCCACCCCAAAAACUCACGCAGACUCCACGCCAACUUCUGUGUCCUGCGGUAUGAAGCCCAUGUGCGGCUGGUGGUGACCUCUGCCCCCUUCAGCGAGCAGGGCUGGACCAGGCAGGGUCAGCUGGGGUGGUUCUGUGACCUUCCCCUCUCCUUUACUCCUGAGGUCACACAACAGGCGGGCUACUGGGCAGCCCUGCGUGACCAGCCCCUGGCCUCAGACCUGGAGUUUAUCCUGUGUCAGUUGGGCGUUCCUCAGCAGACGGUCUGGUCGCUCCUGACCGACGCAGACUUUACCGCUGUGUCCGCCUGCGUCCGGCUCAUCCCCUGUGUACCAGGCAGGGUCUGGCCUAGGACACAGGACCUCCUGCCUUACAUGUACGUGCCAUUCAAGAGGACGUACUUAACUGAAGCUUUGUACUCAUUUUCACCUGAGUAG